ACACCAAUAAAAAAUAAAAAACAAAUUUGCCAAUAACACUCUCCGAUCGCCGCCGUGUCUGACUCUCCGUUCUGACUCUCCGUUCUGACUCGCCGUGUCUGAGUUUGUGUCUGACUCGCCGUGUCUAACAGAAAGGAACAGACCCCUCACCAUAUAUAUAUAUAUAUAUAUCAAUAAUAAAAGAACAAAAAAAUGGAUGUGAAGACAGAGUUAUGAUGACACAGUGGUAUACAAGAGCAGCUGCUAAAGGUGUGGUAAUUAGUGGACAGUUGUGGCAACCAAAUCGUCUGCUGAGGAUGUCAACUAACUGUAACAACGACAACAACCGUGAUGACCUGGAUGCCAUUUUCAAACAGAAACGAGUUCUUCGAACUCAGGUCAGAAAAACCCUCAAGGCUAUCGACCCCUCCCUCAGGUCUCAACAAGACAACGCUAUUCAAGACAUAAUUUUGGGAGCUCCGUGGUUCAAAUCAAGCCUUAGGUUAUGCGCAUACAUAAGCUGUAGUGCUUUACGAGAAGUGGAUACUUUCAAACUCUUAUCACAAAUUUUGCAGCCUCCACCCACUGGUGGUAAAAAACUAUAUGUACCACGGGUGGAGGAUAAAAAUAGCAACAUGCGGAUGCUUAACAUAUCGCGUAUUGAUGAUCUUGUUGCAAACUCAAUGAACAUCUUAGAACCAGAUCCUGUCGAUGCUGAUGGAAAUGCACGUGAAGAUGUUUUGCAGGCGAAUGAACCAGUUGAUAUUUUGCUUUUACCUGGAUUGGCAUUUGACAAAUCUGGACGACGUUUAGGCCGUGGUGGAGGUUACUACGAUACCUUCUUGAAAAAUUAUCAGGAACUUACAGAGACUCGGAAUUGGAAGCCGCCCUUGCUUGUUGCACUCUCAUAUUCACAACAAAUACUAGAUGAUGGUGUGAUACCAGUUACUUCAACUGAUGUUCUAGUUGAUGCUCUUGUAUCUCCAGAAGGUGUAAUUCCCAUCAGUUCUGCUGCCUUCAACAGAAUGGAUCUCUGAGCUGGACUUGAAGCUGAUGCUGAACCCUUUCAAUGGAUUAUGUAUCAUCUUCAAUAAAAUUUUAUGGUUCAUUAAGUAUUCGGCACAAAUGAAUGGUUGGAUCCGGAGCUUUUUGUGUAACAAGUAAAAAGAGCAACCACUUAAGCAAAUAAAAAUUAAGUGGUACCCCUACUAAAUUAGUGAUUUGUUAGAAAUAUUUGUAAAAACUAGAAAAUAUAUUGGAUAUUCACUUGUAUAUUUAUUAUGCAGUUGGCUUUAAUUUUGUCUAUGGUAACUGCAAUAGUUGAACCGACAUAAAGAGUGAAUUUUUGAAUGAUUGUUUGAUCAUAGAUGUUGAGAUAUCUUCAAGUUUUUAGACAUACAAUAAUAUAAUUUUUCAUUCUCUAAA